GAGAGGGGGGACAGGGAGGGAGGAGGGAGGGACCGUCGGCGGGAAGGGUGGAGAGCAGACAGACACAGCGGAAUCGGACAGAGAGACAGAGGAGAGCGAUGGGGACGCAGGGACGGAGAGGGAAGACGAUUCAAAGAAAGCAGGAGGCCUAGAGAAGGGACUGGCAGAGGGACAUAUGAAAGGACGGAUCAGAGACGCCGAGACACCUUCAGCGCAGCACCAGGAAGAAAGAAAUGGAGACUCGGAGGGAGAGACAGGGAUACAAAUGCCAGGGGGUGAUCCCCAAAGCCCUGGGAAUCCCGGGGAGUCAGCGGGGACCGAGGGGCGCAGACACCCAGGGACUCCGACAGACAGGUUCCAGGAAGGAAACUGAGGCAGAGAGCCCAAGGAGGUGUUUGCUGCCUGGUCCUGGUCGCACUGAGCCUGUGGCCAGAUAGAGCUACUGCCCCAGGGCCACCUCCUGGCCCCCCGCGGGCCUCCCCAGACCCUCGGGCUGAGCUGGACAGCGCCGUCCUCCUGACGCGCUCUCUCCUGGCGGACACCCGGCAGCUGGCCACACAGCUGAGAGACAAAUUUCCAGCUGACGGAGACCACAACCUGGAUUCCCUCCCCACCUUGGCCAUGAGUGCAGGGGCGCUGGGAGCCCUGCAGCUCCCAGGAGUGCUGACACGGCUGCGGGCAGACCUGUUCUCCUACUUGAGGCACGUGCAGUGGCUGCGCAAGGCAGGAGGCCCUUCCCUGCGGACCCUGGAGCCCGAACUGGGUGCUCUGCAGGCCCGGCUGGACAGGCUGCUGCGCCGGCUGCAGCUCCUGAUGUCCCGCCUGGCCCUGCCCCAGGUGCCCCCAGACCCACCGGCACCUCCCUUGGCCCCACCGUCCUCAGCCUGGGGAGGCAUCCGGGCGGCCCAUGCCAUCCUUGGGGGCCUGCACCUGACCCUCGACUGGGCUGUCCGGGGCUUGCUGCUGCUGAAAACUCGGCUGUGACCCUCCACCCAGAGCCACCAGCAUCCUUCAAAGCCAGAUCUUAUUUAUUUAUUUAUUUUGGGACUGGGGGCAUUGCAGCCAGAGGACCCCCCACCCCACUGUCUCCCUGUAGUCAGAGAUGAUCCAUCCAGGAGACCUGGGUGGGAGUGGGGUGGAUCUGUGCCUUAUUUAUACUUAUUUAUUUAAGGGGGUGGGUGGGAGGCAGGUGGACUCGGGGGUCUCUGAAGAGGAGGGAACUGGGGUCCUGGAUUUUGGAUCUCUAAGGAGUCUGGCCACAGUGUCUCCAUGAGACCCACCCCUCUGGGCCUGGGCAGGAGCAUGUAUUAUUUAUUAAGCAAUUACUUUUUGUGUUGGGGUGGGGAGGGAGGGGGAAAGGAGGCCUGGGUUUUUGUACAAAAAUGUGAGAAACCUUUAUGAGAUGAAGAAGGGGGAAUUAAAUUUGUCAUACACAUCCACUUAGAGAUGAUUUCUCUGGGGGCCAGGGGCUGGAUGCUGGGGUCCCUGGGGGGCCCUGAGUGGGCAGGGCAGCAGAGGGGGUACUGUCAGUCCCCCAGAGAGGAUGAGCUCUGAGGGGCAGGGACUGAGCCUCACCUGGUAGCCAGCACUUCUUAGGCACUCAAUAAAUAUUUAAUGGAGGUUCCAGAAGGUUCCCCGUGACCAACAGUACUAGUACAGGGCAAAACUGCAAGCUCAAAUUUGUUCAUUUUGGCAGUGUUCACAGCAGCGAACUGGAAACAACCUACAUGUCCAACAGUGCGGGAUGGUUAUAUACAUGACAGGGCAUCCGUGUGAUAGAAUACACCAGCCACGAAGAGGGAUGCUACAGAGGCCACUUUAGAACAGAAGGAGCCAGCUGCUAACCACUGUGUGAUCCCCCUUUUAUAGGCCAUUUAAAAAUCCUAGAAGGAAAUACACCAAAACGUUGACAACGGCCACUUCAGGGUAG